GUCGACACAGCUCUAUUCUAAGUACUCAGUACUGAAAAGAUUACUAUUAUUGUGAAAACUUAUUGAAUGUGAAAAAUCAUUUAGUAAAAAAAGAAUAUAUAAAAUAAAUAUUUACAAAGUGAUUAUUGGUUAAAAUAUGAGACAGUAAUGAACUGCCAUCAAAUAUUAAGUGGGGCCUGCAAUGCAGGGGAUCGAUGUUUUGCAAUUGGUUCAGUUGAAGGAAUUCCAUUCACUGCAUAUGCAGCUGGUUGCAACAUUGUAAUAUUAGCAAGCACUUUUGAACGUGUACAGAUAAUACCUGGUGCUCGUCAUGGAUAUGUGAAAAUUUCAGCACUAGAUUGUAGCACUGACACUGGAAAAAUUGCAGCUGCUUACGAAAACAAGGUUUAUAUAUUUGAACCUACUCCAGUAUUACAAACAGAUAAACACUAUACACACUUCUUGGAUUACAGAUGGGUUCAAACUGGAACAUUUGUCAGUCAUUCUCAUGUUAUAACUUUGUCAUGGAAUUUAGAAGGUACACGCCUUUUAACUGGUGGAUCUACAAUUCAGUUAUGGAAAGAAAAGUCUAGUGAAUAUACGGAGGAUGAUUCAAGUGGUGUUAAAUUUGUCAUUGGAGGCGACAGAGAUAAUAAAACUCCUACAAACGAAUCCAUAGAAAAUUCUACAGUAUGGGAAAAUAUUUGGUCAUGUCAAACGGCAAUUCCUAUAUACCAUAUGGCGUUUAGUCCUGAUGGCACUUUAUUUGCAACAUGCGGUCGUAAUGAUAGACUUGUUAAAAUUUGGUACGAAAACAAACAAAUUUUGUUUCCAUCAAAAAAUACAUCUAAAACUAAAGACGAAGGAAAAGAGCUUAAUUUUACUUAUGUUUAUAUUGCACAUCCACGAGCAGUUACAAAUAUUAUAUGGCGUAAAACUAGCAAAUAUAUGCCAAAAGGAUCUGUUUCUAAUAUGAUCGUUACUUCCUGUCUUGACAAUAUUUGCCGUAUUUGGAUUGAAACGGUUUUGCCGGAUGAUGGACUAAUAAAUAUGACACAAUUUGAUCCCUUAGCUUCACAAAAUCCAAAGUUUAGAACUCAUAGACACAAACAUAGAUUUAUGCAGAGGCUCAAACACAUGAAAACUUGCUUCCACAUUCGUCGUCACGCUAAAAAUGGUGCAAAUGUUGGAGCAUCCACCUUAAAUAUGGUGGCUAAUAGUUACCCCGGACCUAUACCAUCGCUUCCGUCAUCAUGUAGUGUACACGAUUUCCACUCUUAUGGUUUCCAUGGCACAGGAAUAUCACAAGGCGUCCAUUUUCAUUUGGCUGCAUCUAUAAAUGCUGAAACGGACAUACCGUUGGUUCCAUCAAUGCAUUCCAAUAGUACCGAUCCUUCAACACAAAACAACUUUAUUCUUCAUUGGCUAAAUAACAAAGAAAUGAAUUUUACACUUCAAGCUGAAGCUAUACUUCAAGAAUUAACAAAAAAAGUGAUUGAUGAGGAAAAUAACACAGCAACAGGCAAUUCUGAUGUAAUAGAUAACUGCUCAAAUGGUGGAGCCACAAAAAAGAAAUAUGUACGUAAUGGAUCAAAAUCGGUGUCUGUGGACGAUAAUAGUGCGACUGGCGACGAGAGUAAAGCUUCAAAUUUACAAAAUAUCAAUUCUAUGUCAAAUACUACUUCUAUGAAUUCAUUAAAUAAUGACAACAAUUCAAUUGUGAACCAAUUAACGGAUUCUUUAGAUAUAAAAAUUGACUGUUUAUUAAGAGACUGGCAUCAGAGUCCGGAUUUAUUAUUUGCUGUUCAUCCAGUGGACGGAAGUUACUUAAUCUGGGUUGUUGAAUGGUUGGAUGAUUAUUAUCCAGGUUCGUUUCGGCAAGCGCAGGUUUCAUUCUCCACCAGAAUUCCGAAUGCAUUCCCACUUGGAGAUUCUAUGUCUAUGUCAACAAUGGUUAGCUUGUAUAAUACGGGUACACAUCCUUUAGUUUUUCGAGAAAUUGCAAAUAAUGUUAAAAGUAAGGAUAAUGAUGUAUCAGAAGAAGAGGAAAUGUUAAUGAAAGACGAAUCAGAUGAACAUGAAGAUGAAAACGAUGAUGUUUCUGUUCAAGAUUCCAAAGGCAGUGAAAAGAAUGAUGGAUCCGAUGACAAAACAAAAGAAUCACAAACAGGAAGUAUAUCUACGGACAUUUCGCCAUCUGUGUCUAUGGUUACUAAACACUCGAAUGGCACUCUAAAUUUAUGGCAACUUUCAUUUGCAUAUAAAACAAAAUUCACACAAGUUCUGAGUAUUGGGCACGUCAGUCGCGUAUCUGGUCACAGAUUCCGUGUAAAUGAUAUUAAUUGUCAUCCAGUCUUACCUUUACUGGUAUCAACGUCUCAUCAUAAUUUGCCAGAAUGUGAAAAUAAAUCUACAACAAGUGGUGGAUCAAAUUUCGAUGCAAAUGGCCUAAACGAAGCGGAUCACGUAUUUACUACAUCAGGAUUCUGUUCCGAAUUAAUUUUAUGGAGGGUAGACUCUGUAGGACCGCUUUGCCAUACAGGAGGAGUCAGCGAACUUGCUCGUAUUAACUCUCCCGAAAUAUCGGCCUUCAGCAAUGUUGCCUGGAUUCCCACAUUAUUGCCUAGCACGACUCUUGGAAGUUAUAGCAACUCUCCCUCAGCUUGUUUUGUAGCAAGUGAUGGAGAAAAUUUACGUGUGUAUCAGGCAGUUAUAGAUGCCAGAACCUUAUUAGCUGAAAUUUCAGCAUCUGAAUGUGUAACUAAGCUACAAAAGUCUGAAUCGGUUUCAUCUCUGUAUUCGAAUGCAUCAUCAACAAUUAAGGGUUUGAAAUCAGCAAUUCACGACAAACUUAAGGUAGUAUCACAGCAGUCCACAGCUCGCCCAGGUUGUAUUAUUCAGCUGGAUCCCAUAUCUGAUGCAAAGCAUGAUUGGCAAAACACUCAAUUUUUGCAUGUAUUCCAAGCUCAAUUAAUAACUGGAGGAGAACUUUCAAAAACAAAUAAUACUUCUUCUAAACGAAGUAAUCAAAAUGAUAUGGACGCCAUGGUAGAUCUACAACAGAAUGCUGAAUUCGAAGAACCAUUUUACAUUGUUAUAAUAGAGAAAACAGUUAAAGGAAGUACAAUUCACAUGUGGCGUAUUGUAAUAUCAUCAAAGCAACAGAAGUCGUUCCUUUCAGAAACAGCAAUGUAUGUCCCAGACAGCAAUCUUACACAAGAUGUUGAAGAUAUUGAUGCACAUCGCAAAUAUUCCGAAGUUAAUAUAGACGCAACGGAACCUACAGAUAAAGGGGACAAUGUUGAGCCUCCUCACAUUGUUAUAACAACUGAAAAAGUUUGUACGCAAGAAUUGCCUUUACCUGAUGGUGUUGAUGUAAUACAUGCAUCACCAGCAGCUGGACAUCUUAGCUCGUCCUCAAUAUACCCAGCAUGUUAUGCUCCUUAUAUUAUAGUCACAGCAUGCUCCGAUUCUAUUUCUAGAUUUUGGAAAUGUGAAUCUACUGGCACCGAUCGCAAUGUUAAAUUCCCGAGCGAUCAAAAUCAAUAUGUAUGGUCGGAAUGGAAAAUGUUCAGUAAAAAGCAGGAUUCUGCUAUAGAAAUUCCUGGACAGCCAUUAAACAUAAGCGCUGCAUAUUCAGGUCGCGUUGCCUGUGCUUAUAAAUAUGGCAAGAGUUUUACGCGUCCUAAUAAAUGCGGAGAUCCAGAUUCUAGAUACAUAAACCUUUGCGUUGGCAUUUUUGAGUGCGAAAGCUCGGGUGGAAGCGAAUGGGUUCUUGAAGAUACUAUACACUUAAAAAAUAUACACUUACCUAGAAUAAAUAUUGAUCAUGGCAUUGAUCUGAGUUAUUUGCACGAUAAUCGAAUUCUUCAAAAAAAGCAAAGACUUAACCAAGUUCUACAUAAUUUUACUGUUCACGACGAAAUGAGGUCUCCUCGUAGUGGAGAUUCAACCCCAGAGAUAAAUACUAAAUCUCAUACUGGUCUUUUAGCAGUUCCUAGUUUUAGUACUUUACAAUCAUUGAGAAAAAGCAUUGCUGAAAAUGGUAAUACAUGUCCUUUAACGCAAAAACAUUUGGUACAACUUGAUUGGGUUUCUAAAGAGGAUGGAUCACAUAUCCUUACAGUAGCAGUUGGUAGUAAAAUUCUGUUAUACACUCCAGUUUCAUCUGACAUUGCUCAAGCAAACAUAAAAGCUAUGAAGGAAUCUAGAUCAGCUAAUCGUCCUAUUCUACGUAAAGCCAGCUCACUGGCACAGCCUCAUUUUAAUGAUGAAAUACGUUGGAUGAAGUUGCGUCAAAUUGAUCUGCAAACAGCCGAUGGAUUACCUCCUUUGCCUAUGCAAAUUUCUUGGGUGCGAGAUGGUAUAUUGGUGGUUGCAAUGGAUUCAGAAAUGCAUGUUUAUUCACAAUGGAAACCACGAUACACUCAACAACACAGUGUCGAAGACAUUUCUGAUACCAGAAACUUAAGAGACGAAGAUUUAAGAUCGAUUGCGAAUGAGUCAUCUAAACUUAGGCUGAAAAGUGCCGCUUCUAUGCCUUUAAUGAGUAAAGUAAGCACCGCAAAUCUGCAACUACUAUCAAAAGACAAAAAGAAAGUUGGUGGUACUAGUUCUGCAAAUAUACAAAGUACAUCUGACCCAACUAUAAAUGAAGAUUAUAUGACAGAUUUUGGUCUAUUUCAAGCAUCUCGCAUAGCAUGUCCAGUAUUACCUCAAUAUCAUCCUAAACAAUUAAUGGAAUUAUUGAACUGUGGUAAAAUCCGAUGGGUUAAAGCUAUUUUAGCACAUUUAGUUCGCUGUUUGAGUGUUCCCAGUAUUAGAGGAGUCAAUAAUGAGAGUGACGAUGCCUCUAUAAGACAGAGAUCCUGGUCAAGAUCAAGAACACUUUCAAUUAGUUAUGCAGCUGACACCAAUCUACAGGCUGACCAUAGAGGUUCAACUACUCAGAUUCCCGAAGAGCUAAUGUUAGAUUACGCGGAAAUAACUUCAAUUCCACCACUACCGCUAUGGGUAUUAUUAAAUGCAGAUAAGGAAUCUGCUGGCCAAGGAAACGUUUUACCGGAUGAUGCUAAAGAUUACGAUCAGUUGUUUGAAAUGGACACUACCGAGGAUAACUUGGAUGAUUUAUUAGAUAACGAAAACGAUUACAAGCGAACUGAUAGACGAUUAUCUCUUCCAGAAAAACAAAAUAUUUCACACUUUGGCCCGCGCCAGGGACAAAUACUAUCAAGACUUUUAACACAUACACAUUUACCCGGUCUUUCGUCUCUUGAUCAAAUGCAUCUUUUAGCUUUGGCUGAUACUGUAUCAACAUGCAAUACAGAUUUUUCGGAAAAAUUUAUAUCCGACACUGGAAAAUUGUCAACUACAAAAGACACAUCAGGAAAUUCGCUAACAGAUUCAUUAGAUGAUUGUGGCCUUAGAUUUCUUAUGGCUAUGAAACACUAUACUUAUCUUCUACGUUGUUUGCCAUUGAAUCAAAGAACACAAUUUCAGAAGCAUGGAAUUGGAACUUCAAACAUAGUAUGGGCUUUCCAUUCGGAAAGUGAAGACGAACUCCUAAAUUUAAUACCUUCGUAUAAAAAAGGCGACCUCAAAUGGUCCACAUUAAAGGACUUGGGUGUGGGCUAUUGGUUACGUAACAUAAACAUUUUGCGCCAAUGCGUAGAAAAACUGGCUAAAUGUGCUUAUCAACUUAAACAGGAUCCUCUUGACGCAGCUAUAUACUAUUUGGCAAUGAAGAAGAAAUCGAUAGUAUGGGGCCUCUUUAGAUCUAAGAGGGAUGAAAAAAUGACACAAUUUUUUGCCAACAAUUUCUCAGAGGACAGAUGGCGUAAAGCGGCCCUUAAAAAUGCAUUUGUGUUGCUUGGCAAGCAACGAUUUGAACAUGCCGUUGCAUUUUUUUUGCUAGCUAAUUCUCUUAAUGACGCUAUUGAAGUGUGCAUAAAUAAAUUAGACGAUUUUCAAUUAGCACUUAUAAUUGCUCGUCUUUACGAAGGAGAUUUAGAAAUUAACCAAAACUCGACAUAUAAAAAACUUUUAUGUGAGCAUGUUUUAGGCAGUGAGGACGAAACUAUUACAUUUAAUUUAGAUAAAGCACACCCAGAUCCAUUUUUACGUUCAAUGACCUACUGGAUUUUAAAGAAGUAUCAAGAAAGUUUAAAUACACUGCUGAUCAAUGGCGUUGGUCAGUGUCACGUUGCGUUUAAAGAAGAAGACAUUUUCAAAUCCGAAAACCAUUCCACAAAUCCUAAUGUAUUUAAUUUUUAUAUCUAUUUAAGAACUCAUCCGUUACUUGUUCGUCAAAAUCUAGCUCUAUCGGCACAAGAAAAAAAAAUAUCUCAUGUUGUUUUAUCUGGAUUUAGUUACUCAGUUGAUGCCACAGCAUCAAAUUCAAAUGAUAAACAACUUCAAAUAGAAGAUUCAAUAAGUUCCAUUGAAAGACAGUUGUAUUUUACAACAGCGCAUGCUCAUUUUAAAGCAGGUUGUCCAGCGUUAGCAUUAGAAGUAUUAAACAAAUUACCGACUAAAAUCUUAGAUUCAAAUGAAUUGGAAGAUAUUCAAUCCACAUGCAGCGUCAAUAAUGAUCUUAUUAACACUGGCAUUAUAGAAUGGGGAAAUCAAUCAACAAAUAAAGCUGAUCAAGGUUCUUCAUUAGACUUUGACUGGUCAACACCAGUAACAUUAGGUAAAAAAGAAGAUGACGGUUUUAAAAUUCAAUGGGAUGAUAAUGAUGAGAUAGAGGACGAGGAUGAUGAACAUGAAAAUUUUGAAAUAAACAAAGAAGAAUUAAAAACAACAGAUGACUAUUUGUCUAACCCACAUCCAAAUAAUGAAAAGGACGAUAAUGGAUCUAAAAUAGAUAUAAUGGCUCAGCAACUAAAAUUUGUAGCUUGUUUAAAAAUUCUAAUGGAGGAGUUGUCAACAUUAGCUACUGGUUUCGAAGUUGAUGGCGGUCAAUUACGGUACCAACUCUAUGUAUGGUUAGAGAAGGAAGUUGAAGCUUUACAAUACUUGUGCAAUUACUGUAAUUCCGACUCAGUUGAUUUAAACAGUUCGGAAAUUAUAAAGGAAAAAGACAUGCCUACAUCAUAUAUUUUAUCAGAAAAACCAACUCUUCAUGAAAUUUUAAUGCAUGAAAAACAUGACUUUGAAAUUAAAGUUAUGAGAGCUGCUAAAAGGAAACGUUGGUUAAAAGCUAAUGAAACACUUCUACGAACAUUGUUAAGUUAUUGUUCAUUACAUGGUGCAAGUGGUGGAGGAUUAGCUUCAGUUCGAAUGGAACUAGUACUUCUUCUUCAAGAGCUUCAACAAGAAAAAACUCAACAACAGCUUUUAAGCCCUUUACCAUUCCCAACUACGCUUCCUUUACUCAGCGCAUGUGUAGCAGGAAAUAAAACAGUUAUCGCAGAUCCCAUUAAAUAUUUACAGUCUCAAACUAUCGAUAUGCUACAUAGUGUCAUCAAAUUUUCACCAUUUGCUAAUUCUGAUAUAAAUGCAUUUUGUGAAAUAUUUAUAAUCCGAGAUCUUGCGGUUGCACUAUCUUCUUGCAUAUAUCAGUCUCUGUGUGAUUCUGAAAGCUUUGUUGUUAACAAUUCCACCCAAAAUGGAUUUCAGAGUCCAGGCAUAGAAAAUAUCGCUAAACUCAAUUCUUCAUUUGAAUGUUCACAUUUAAUAGGCAACACAAAUAUAUACAAUAGGAAAAGGAUGUAUUCAACGGAUGAACCAACUGUAGUAUGUACUACACCUUCAAAAUGGCCUGGUGUUGCAAAUUUAAGAGCACUUCUAGCUAGCGAAAAAGAUGAAGAUAUACCAAAAUUAAAUGUUCUUCUGCUGGAAAGUUUUAUUGCAACAUAUGUGUCGCUAGCUACGUAUGCUUUAGUUACAUGUGAUAGUCGCAUCUUAUACCGCCUUGUGGCUCAUAAUUUCUCUGCAGAUACAUGGUCCACUAUAUUUGGGGGAGGAAUGAAGAAAUUGUUAAGAAAAGCUACGUGUGAAAACCAUGCAGCUUCGAAUAAUUGCUCAACAGAAGAACAGAAUGAAGAAAGUAGCAUGUGGAAUACUGUUACUUCUAUAACAAAACAACGGGUUAAAUUAAACAUGAAGAUUUUGGGAAACUUUGGUAGCAACAACUCAUCUACCAAUAUGAAGGAAGAUAAACCAACUUAUCGCGAACAGUUUGUUUCGCCCGAAAUGUCGAUGUUAUCAUACUUUUUGACAAAACCGAAAAAUGCAGAUUGCGAUGAAUAUGAUACCGAUGAUCCAUAUGAAUCAGAUGAAGAAGAAGAUGAAGAUGAUGGCUUAAGUACAAAUGCUAAGUCUGGUAUGAAAAGCAGUAAGGAUAAUAAAGAACAUUUGGAACCAAUGUCUUAUUCAUGGUGCAUUUUAAGAUUGGCUUUCAUCAAAAUGUUUGUAAAGCAUGUUCAAGAUUUUACAAAUAUUUCUGGGAUAGAAUUGCAAGAUUUACCAGUAUUAAGUCCUUUAUCACAUGAAGUUCUGAGAACAUUAAAUCGCUGGCAAGAUAUGGCACAAAAAAUACUAACUUCUAAGGGUCCACCUAAUGACGAUUAUAUUCCAGGUUGUCAAUUGAAUAGCGGAGUUCCUGGAAUUUCUAUUCAUAAAUAUAGAUCACUGUUAAACAAAGAUAACACACCAUUUGUGAUGAGUUCCUCGGCUGGUCCUGUACGUCGUCUUUGGAAUUAUCUAGUUCGUCAAGAUGAAGCACAAGAUGUAUUCAUUAAAGCAAUUUUUGGCAAAAAAAUGGAACCAAAACACGAUGUUCAAAUGCAUGAUUAUACAGAUAAUGGUGCCAAUGGCUCAACAAAAGAUAACGAACCUAUUCGCAUAAUCCACAAAGAUCACGAAUCCAUUCUCGCUUUUUGUUUAAACAAUAAUGCUUCAACAAUGAUUGCAGUAGCAAAUCCUAGAGAAGUACAGGAAUUGGAUAUUUCGCUUUUGUUAGAAUCGCCAAAUUGGUAUGAAGAUGAAUGUGAUUAUGACUUACUUGGUAUCUCAAAAGAUAACGAAACAGCUUCCAACACAGGAUUUCUGAUGAUUCAAAGCUCAGAACAAAUGACAUAUGGAUCAUCCCUAUCGCCUGAAUCAAAUUUGAACUACCAUACAAAUUCGUCUCAGUCGGGCAGAGGUACAGAUAUUAUAUUAAAACACAAAAUUGAUAAUGUGAAACGAAUGAGUGCACAUCCAUUGAUGCCUCUUUACUUAACGGGUGGUCAAGAUGGCUCCGUUCAGAUUUGGGAGUGGGGACAUCAACAAGUUGUAUGCACACCACGACCUUCGGGCACGUUCGCUAAAGUUACAAGAUGUCGAUUUUCCGAACAAGGAAAUAAAUUUGGAAUUGGUGAUGGUGAUGGAAAUCUAAGUUUAUGGCAAGCAGGAAUUGCAUCACAAAACAAUAGAUCUUUCUUUACACACCAAUGUCAUAAUAAAACUUUGUCGGACUUUGUGUUUUUGGGUUCUUGCAGCUUACUUGCAACAGCCGGGCAAAGUUCAGAAAACAAAAACAUCAUAGUUUGGGAUACGUUAUUGCCACAAAAGAAAUCAUGCGUUAGUGCUUUUACGUGUCAUGAUCAGGGAGCGUCUUGUUUUGGGUUUGCACCUCAACAUCAGUUACUUAUAUCUUGUGGAAAAAAGGGAGACAUUUGUGUAUUUGAUAUGAGGCAAAGAACACUAAAGCAUAGAUUACAGGGUCAUGACAGCUGCAUAAAAUGCAUUAGCAUUGAUCCACAUGAAGAAUUUUUUGCUACUGGAUCCAUUGAAGGCGAUAUAAAGAUUUGGAGCCUUAAUCAAUAUUCUUUGAUUUCAACAUUCACUGGGGAGCACGCUAAAAAUAGCUUCUUCAAACAUAUUGGUCAGGGUGUAAGUCAAAUUUAUAUAGAUGCAUACGGCCGUUUAUUUUCUUGUGGUUCUGAUGGUUGCAUGAAAGUUCGACAAUUAUUUGAAAAAGACACAAUUGUCCAGUCUAUGUAUUAAUACACUACCAAAAAUAUACUAUUACAUAAAAUCGUUACAUAAAAUAUAUAAAAUAAAGUUAAAAUAUAUAAAAAUAAC